AGCUGUAGACAUGCUGUCGCUUGCCCUACUGCUAUUUGUGGUCCACUCCUGUGAUUCGUACAAAAUCCUUAUCGUCAAUCCCAAGUUGGCGUACAGCCACAUGAAUUUUAUGGGAAAAAUUGCUGAUGUUCUCGUGGAUGCCGGGCACCAUGUGGUGACACUACAGCCUGUGCUUGCACCACAUCCGAACAAUGGCACUAAAAGAUCACGACUAAUUCAAGUGGAGCCUCAACAAGACCUUGUUCCAUUGGUAGCCAAGAUGCUGAAAGAUCACGAAAGCAAGUGGACGGACAGCGUUUCGAAUCCAAUAUCAUUUUUCAAAGGUAUACCUAUGUUGAAGGAAUUUUUCAAGGCCAUUGCGAGAACGCUCCUCAAUGACGAUCAAUUGCUGCAGCAAUUGAAGUCUGAAAACUUUGAUGUCGGCAUCACGGAGCUGUUCGAGUUCUCCGGCUUUCCGGUGUUUGAGGCGAUUGGAUUGAAAAACAUAAUUGGUGCACAUUCGACGGGUUUGUUUGAAGGCUCCGCUUAUGCUAUUGGCGUCCCAGUGAUUCCCAGCUACGUGCCAGGUAGGGAUAACAAAAGUCACUGA